AUGUCAUCGGCUAGAUUUCAUUAUACGGGCAACGAUGACACAGUCCGAUGUGACACUUAUGCACUAGAAGUAUCUGGAUGGACGCUGGAAAUGAAACCAUUCGUUAUUCAUGCAAAACAUAGUCCAGCAUGUACGUUUAUUUGUUUCAUGUUACCAACUGAAAGAACCAACGAAUUGUCAGCAAUGAGUUUUACUCCAGCAUUCUCAACAUCAAAUGAUGGGGAAGAAUCAUCCAAAAGUCAGAAUGCAGAAAUAAUUCAUGAUAAAGAUCUGUUAAACAGGUUUGAUGAAGUAGAAACGCUGAAACAAAUACGAAAACGAACUUAUUCAGAUUGGCCACAUCGAACAUCACCUUCAAGUGAACAAAUGAUCGAAGCUGGAUUCUUCAAUUGUAAUGUUGGUGAUCGUGCCAUUUGCUUAUAUUGUAAUCUUAUUUGUCAACAAUGGACACCACAUACAGAUGAUCCAUAUCAAAUACACAAAAUAAUUUCUCCUAAAUGUCCAUAUAUUAUUACAAAGUUAAGGUGUGAUCGAUUAGCUUCUUCAAAUGAUCGAUAUUUAUCUCAAAGAAAUUUUGAAUUAGAUGCGACUGCUCAUCAUAAAGAAUAUGUUGCACUUAAGAUUCGUUAUGUUUCUUUUGCAACAUGGCCCAACAAAAAUUUACCAGCUGUCGAUGAUCUAGUUAGAGCAGGCUUCGUUUAUACGGGUAGUAAAACAGUUGUGACAUGUUUUUAUUGCAAUGGAUCAUUACAAAAUUGGCGAGCAAACGAUAAUUCAACAAUUGAACAUGUUCGAUGGUUUCCACAUUGCGCUUAUGCAAGACAAUUAUGCGGUGUUGAGCUGUAUCGAAAGAUUAAAGAAUCGAAACAGCGUCGAGAAGAACAUGAGAACUAUCAGAAGUUCAUCGUUCUUCUUGAAGUAAACGAUGUUGACGUAAAUAAUGAAUCCGUAGCAAUAUCUGACAAUGAUUUAUUGGCACGUAUUGUUGAUGCCUACCUCGAUUUACCAAUAUCACAAAAUUUACUUGGUCGAAAUUUUAAAUUGUCAAUCAUCCGACAUUGUUGGAAAGAUCAACUAUUAUCUAAAUAUAACGAUUUUGCUAGUGACAGUGAUUUAUUAAUGGCUUGCAUAACUCUUCAAAAACAAGCUGAAUAUAUCAAUAGAAAGGGAGAAAACAUCAUUGUUCCAAGUCCUGUUCCAAAAGAUCAAACUGAUAGUGGGUCACCAUUGGAUGAUUGUGCCUAA